UAAAGAGAGGGUUGUUUGCCCUUAAAUGGAAUCAGGACUAAUGUUCGCCCAGAUUCUUACCUGAUCUCAGCAGAUUUUUCAUCUCAAUUCUCCUCUCUUUGGUUGCAUUCUGGCUAGUAGUUCAAUACAAUGUUGCAUCUCAUUUUGUUAAUUAUAUGCUUUAUAGAAAAAUCAGAUUCUGCGAAAUUCAGUUUAUCCGUAAUCCCAGCAAACCAACCAGUACUUAUUGGUCAAAAAGUAAUUUUGAGGUGUCAGAUACAAGUAAUACGACUUUCAACAAAAUAUGCAAUGUUAUUUCGGCAUGAAGAAAACUUAAUCUCAGAGAAGUGUUUCGUGUACGAAGCACAAAAGUACCACCUAAUAUGUGAGCCAGAUGAUUGGCAAAGGGCCGAAACUUAUGAAUUACAUAUUAAAUCGGUUUCUUGGGCAGAUCGUGGUAAUUGGUCGUGUACUUAUGCAGCAAAUAAAACCAUACAAACUCUUGAAGUAUAUGCACCAGCUAAAUUGGAAAAGAUGGGUGUUUCAAGUUUAACAUCACUGCCUGUGACAAACAAAGAAAGUAUGAUCAAAGACUCCAGUUCACCUUCAGAAUUAUCAUCUUCAUCGUCUUUGGCUACGGCUGGAUUGGAUUCAGCUUUAUCUAUCAUUGGCACACCACCUAGUCAACAUAUCGGCUUAGGCACUCGGACUAAUCCGUAUGAUUUACGUUCAGGACUAGGAAUUCAGCUUACUUGUGAAACAACUUGUGGACAUCCUCGAGCCAAUAUAACUUGGCUAGUCAUGAAUGAGACAAUGACUAAAGCAAUUAUGCCCACGAAUCCAAAUAAAAUUCAUGAAAAUGUUUGUAGUAAUUCACCAAAUACAAUUGGUAUGACAACUACUAAGUCAACUUUACAUGUUCAUUGCUCACAAUUAGAUAUUAUUGGUUUAAAUCAAGUUCAAUGUUCAGUGAAUGGACCACAAUAUAAAGAUACUUUAUUGACACGAAAUGUUUAUAUAUUAUGCGCUGAUAAAAAUGAAUUAGAAAAUUUAAAACAACCGCAAAAACAUCAAAUAACUACAAAUGAAAUCAAGCAAGAACGUGUACGGCGACGUGGUGAAAGACCGAUGCGCUUAACAAGUGGCGAAGUUGUCGGCAUAGCUGUUGGUUCAGCAUUAGGUUUAAUUUUAGUAUUUAUUGGUUGUAUUAUUUUGCGUAAUAAUGGGAAAUCAUCUCCUUUACCAUUUCAUGGUCAUAUACCCGGUCAACGUGUAUAGGAAAACAAGAAUUCUUCUCUCUCUCUGAUUUCAUUGUUCACAAUAAUAUCUGUUCUCAUUGUUUAUAUUGUACAAUUUUGUCAUUUUUUUCUCUACAUACUACUGAUAAUGAUAAUCAUAGUAGUAAUAGUAGUAUUCUGUAUUGAUUGCAUUUACAACAAUGCAUUCCCAUAAUUCAAUUGUUUUCUUCUUCUUUUUUUAUUCAUUUAUUUUCCAAGUUCAUAUUAGCAUAAAUUUCAGUUUUGAUCAUUUUCAUAUUAUAAGUGGGUCUAUAUUUGUUUGCUUUUUAAGCAUAUAUUGCUUUAAUAAUUAUUUGUAUUGCAUUUUUGUGUUUUUUUUUAACACAUAUCAUUUUAUCCUAAAGUCAAUUAAUUUCUAGUUACUUAUCUUCUCAUUUAUUAUUUCUAGUUUUAUGCAUUUUUAUCUGCGAUAAAAUGUUUUUAUAUAUUACGACUACUACUACUAAUAAUAAUAGUAAUAUUAUUAUUAUUGUGUACUCGUUAUGCUGAUUCUAAAGUCAAUGAAAUUUGUAUUGUCAUGAUUUUUCCGCUUGAUAUCAGUUUUUCUACACAACAAUUAACUAAAGGGAGGCAAACAUAAAACUUUGCAAAGUAUUUACUGUAAACGGAAUCUCUGGUAGAGAUAAUAAUAAUAAAUGAUUAAAUGUACGUUUUGUGACAUCAUCUAGGAAUCAAUAUCGAUUAUUCAGCAUAUUAGGAUCUCAACUUUUUUUUUCUACUGGUAUUACAUUUGAACAUGUCAAUAUUGAUACUUGAACAAAUUGAAUUGUCCUUUUCUGGGUUACUGUUUUACUUUGUAUUUUUCUUUCAAAUGAUGUAAAUAGGUAAUAGUUUUUUUUGUGUUUUUUUUACUCUUUAUUGCGUAUGUAUGUAUGCUUUUGAUACUUUUGAAAUUUAUAUUCAUUCGUGUUCUAUUAUCCUAUAAAAUUCUGUUUCAUAAGCUGUUUUAUUCGAAUUAAAACUUAUUAUUUCCA